AUGGCUGCCAGGUAAGGUUUUGUGAAUAAAUCAGGGUUUUCUUAUAGAUUUUUGAAGAAAAAUCGAUUUUAAAGUAUUGUUUUGUGAAGAAUUCUUAUAAAUUUUAAUCACAACUUAGUUAAAAUCAAAAAUAUAUUGUAAUAUACGUUGUAAUACACAUGCCACUUUCUUGUUAAUAAAAUGUAAUGUUUUAGAGAUUUGUCUGAAAUGUCCUUGGACGAUAUCAUCAAGAAGAACCGCUCCCAGAAGUCUGGUGGAGCUCGUCGUGCCAGUACCGGUACUGGUCGCAACCCUCGUCGUGUUGGUGGAGCUAGUCCAAUUAAGAAGGUACGCCAAGUUUCUACAUUUCUACCGUACACUCCUGUAUUUGGUCCCUUGUGAAAUAUACCCCCAAUUUGACUGACUGAGAAAGGAAUUUCGACCGGAAUUUUCUAACUACAUACAGUAACGGACAGUUUGAAUACUGUACUUCGUAGUUAAUGGUAGUACCGUACUACUGGUACGAUAACAAGUGACAGACAAUGUCAUACUUAACUUGUGGCUAGAAGUUACAGUAUGAAGGUUUGAGAUGUUAUAGUAUGCAAAUGAGAGAAGUUACAGUAUGGAGGUUGCGGUAUUCAAGUUUAUAGUACAAUGUAAUGUGCUUUUCACUUGAUUACCGUAACAGUUUGAAAGUAUUGGCGAUGGUUCAAAAACCUUUAUGGACAUUUUGGAAUGGUCUACUUAUUGUCUACUAAAUAUGUCAUCGGUUUUUGGGUUUUAUUGAGGUUUAGAUAUUGUAAUAGUUAACUUUUAAUGGGAUCUUCAGAGAAACUCCAACCCCAAGAAGUGGGACAACGACAAGUUCUUCGAAGUCUACAACAAGCGGUCGUCUGGAGGACCGUCUCAAGGAGGAAAAGCUGUCUGCCGAAUCUCCAACAUUCCUUACAACGUAACUCAAUCUGAAUUAGAGGUAAAUUUUGACUUUUUACUUUAGUUUUAGACAAAUUACUAAAAAGAAAGAAAUAAAGCUACCAAUUUUACUUUACAUUUAUUAAUUUUAACUAUUUCAGACCUUGUUCCAAAAGUACAGACUCUCCAAGGUCACUUUGCACUACGACUUCAAAGGACGGUCCCUUGGCACAGCCGAACUCCACGGAAAGCCAGAUGCCAUCCAGAGGGUAAAGAAGGACUUUACAGGUGUGGAGAUCGAUGGUAGAGCAGUGGAGUUGAGUGUGGUUGGUGCUGGUGGUUCUCCAUCAUUCUCACGAAGAGUGUCUCGUCCAGGAAGUGGUCCAGCCCGUCGCAGUGGUCCACCAAGAAGGAAUGGUCCAGGCGGAAAGGGCGGUCCCAAGAAGACUCAGAAGCCAAAAAUGACGGCCGAAGACUUGGACAAGGAAUUGGACGAGUACAUGAAGAACACGAACAAAAUGGAAUCUUAG